GGACGGACACGGGGACACGGGCACAGCGGGACACGGGCACAGCGGAGCGUCCUUAGCGAGCGGGGCUCCUUGCCGGCGCUCCCGUCAGUUCCAUGCUUGGAUCUCCUGACUGUCUUGGAUCUGUCUGUAAUAGCAGUUGCUGCUGUUGCCUUGCUUCACUCAUUACCCCAGAGAAAGAGAUAACUCUCAAGGUUUAAGCUGAGCUACAAGCAGAUCUACAACAAUGCAAGGACCUCCACCUGCCACAGCUCCUGGAGUGCCCUAUGGCUCCCCUCAGCAGGUCCCUGGGCCUUACCAAGGUGCAGGGAACUAUGGAUUCCAGGCACAGCCCAUGGCGUUCCCAGGAGGAUUUGUCCCCCCACCUGUCCAGAGCCAGCCCACCAUGGAUGGGACAAUCUGGAUGCCAAUCCCUCCUUCUAUUCCCAACUGCCCUCCUGGACUGGAGUACCUCACACAGAUUGACCAGAUAUUAAUUCAUCAACAACUUGAAGUUCUUGAGAUCGUGACUGGCUUUGAAGAAAACAACAAAUACGAGCUGAAGAACGCCCUGGGGCAGAGGAUUUACUUUGCAGCAGAGGACACUGACUGCAUGACCAGGAACUGCUGUGGGCCUGCCAGGCCCUUCACCAUGAAGAUUAUUGAUAACCUGGGCCGGGAGGUGAUAAGGCUGCACAGACCCCUCCGCUGUGAUGCCUGCUGCUGCCCCUGCUGCCUGCAGGAGCUGGAAGUCCAGGCACCUCCAGGAACAACAGUUGGUUAUGUUGUCCAGAACUGGCACAUCUGCCUGCCAAAGUUUACCAUUCAGGAUGAGAAAAGAAAUGAUAUUCUGAAAAUUAAUGGCCCCUGUGUUGUGUGCCGUUGUUGUGAGGACGUUCAUUUUGAGGUGAUGUCUCUGGAUGAGACUUGUCCUGUUGGGAGGAUUUCUAAGCAGUGGACUGGUAUUGUGCGGGAAAUGUUUACAGACACAGAUAACUUUGGAAUCUCAUUCCCAAUGGACCUCGAUGUGAAAAUGAAAGCUGUCAUGCUUGGUGCUUGCUUCCUGAUCGACUUCAUGUUUUUUGAGCGUAGUGGUAAUUAAGCAUCUAAGCAGGAGUUUGGUAAUGAAAUCUAGAUGUUCUCUAUGGAAGGAAGAAGAACAUGGAUUUCCCAGCUUUCCAAUGAAUUGCUGACCUCCAGUAAGAAUAUGAGAAAUGUACAUGUUACAGUUACAUUUCUGUAAGCUAAAAGCUUUAUGGUCUUAUCUAUUAUUUUUUUAAUAUGGUGAAAUAAUUUUUAGUAUUCAAAUAAGGGCUCUUUAUCUGCACAGAUCAAUAAUAUCAUUUAGAGAAAUAUAUAGCAACUUUUUUUCCCCCAAGAACUCUGUAAUUUUAAAGUAACUAAUUAUAGUAGUUAUUUAAAACUACUAUCAUAAUACUUUGAUUCCUAAAAGAGAGGACUACUUUUAUAUUCAAUAUUAAUAAUAACAUAAGCCUAAUAAGGAGACACUGAUAUUUUCCUGGAUAUUCUUCUUUGGUAGUUUUGCCUUAGUGUUCACAUUCUGUUGUUUCUAUCUAUCAAAUAUAUACAUUCAGAGCAAAGGAAUGCACUUGAAGAGAACUAUCUGAAAUGAGUGUAAAAUGUAAUUACUGUGGUGUCCUGGGUGUGUGUGAGCUGGAGCUCAUUUCCCCAGCAGCCCUCACAGGGCUGUGCUUUGCCCUGCUGAGGACCCAGCAGU